GUGAUGGAACUUCCUCCUUUGGCCACUCAUCUAGAUAUGGAGCCCAGUUGAACCCAGGCGGGUAUACGCAUGAUCAUCAAACGAAAUUGAAUGCUUGUUGUUGGAAACCACUUCCUCAUUUGACAACAUGCAUAUUAUUUUAUCACUAUUGAAAAUAUUCGGGAGGCCACAAGGUGCGGACAACCAUGACUGCUAGUGUCGUGGCCCAUUACAUAAAUGUUGCAGCUCCAACAAUUUGUUGGUCCAGGCCGAAUGCAUUUAUCCGUAGCUGGCACGAGUUCCGUACGCCAAGCUGCAUGCAACAACAAACGAAAUACCAACCAGUAGGCUGGGCUCCCAUGCAUCUGGCUAACGCAUCCCAACACAUGGAUUCCGAAGGUUGAAUUGACUCCCGGCAUUGAGUCAGACCACUAUGGCGGAAUUUAGAUUCGCGAAAGAGAUAGAUGAAAUAGGGCUACAAAACUACCAACAUGUAUAACAUGAUUGUCGAAAACCUGCGGGCAAAUUGCCAUGCUGUCUUAUGUUGGCUUUGUUUUGGCCAACCAUUGUAGAGAGUUGAGCACGAAGAUUUCAACCAGCAGAAGCAAUGCGAACUCUCAACCUGCUGCGGUAGUCAUGCCUACUUGCAGGAGAAGCAAGCACUCAGUAGCCAUACAAAAUUCCACAAAACUUCUCCCCGUAGAAUUAAACGUACCAAAUACACUAAACAAACCCGAGGAUUUGGGUCCGCCCCUUUUGCAUCUCUCACGGUUAGAUCUUUUCGACACGCACAAACAUGUCUAAGUAUCAAGAACCUGGACAAUGUGCUCUUCCCUCAACAGCGACUCAACCACAACAUGCAGAAAAUAUCGAGGCACAGCUAGGAUGUAAAUCUCCAGGUGCAAACAUGAAUGCAGAUUCCCGCCGCGAGCGCGAUACACAAUCAACCGAAACUCCUGAGUCUAACGAUGGAUCAUCAUCCAAAUCUUUGACAAGCAGUGUUGUGGAUUUUCCCGAAGAAAAUGGCAGAACAUAUCAUGGCUAUCGUCCAGGAACAUACCACUUCCCAAAUGACGUCAAUGAGCAAGACAGACUUGAAGCACAAUUCGAUAUGCUAAAAUGUGCUUUCUCGGGUCGCAACUUCUUCGCUCCUCUAUCCGACCCUCGCUACAUUCUAGAUAUUGGUACCGGUACAGGUCAAUGGGCAAUUGAAAUGGGCGAUACCUUUCCAAAGGCGGAAGUCCAAGCCACUGAUCUCUCUCCAAUCCAACCGGUAUCUGUUCCAGAAAACGUUCAUUUCUAUAUCGAUGAUGCUAGCGAUGACGAUUGGGUACUGCCGUCCAACCACUUUGAUUACAUUCACACUCGGGUGUUACUAGGAUGCUUCAAAGAUUUUGAAACCAUCAUAAAAAGAGGAUUCCAUUACACGAAACCAGGAGGCUAUAUGGAGAGUCAAGAGCUUCUAUUCACUCCAUAUUGUGACGAUGAAUCGAUGCCUGAAACCUGGCCAUUCUUAGAGUGGAUAGGGUUUGUCGAAAAAGCGGCAAUCAAAGCCGGUAGAUCAAUGAAUAUUGCCAAAAACCUCAAGAACUGGUACGAAGCAGCUGGAUUUGUGGACGUGCGAGAAAAAGUGUUCAAAUUGCCAGUUAAUCCUUGGUCUAAAGACAAGCACUUACAAAACCUUGGGGAGAUGUCUGAAGAGAAUUGGCUUGCGUGCUUAUCGAGCUUUAGUAUGGCUUUAUUUUCUCGCAUCUUAGAUUGGAAGCAAGAACAAAUUGAGGUGUAUUUGGUGAAUGUUCGAAAAUCUAUCCCGAAUCGAAAUUUUCACGCUUACAAUAAGAUAUACGUUGUCUGGGGCAGGAAACCAGAAGAGAGCGAGAAAAUCUCCAGCAGUACCUCGGAAGAGAUGCCUUCCAAGGUUGAUGUGGCCCAAGAUGAGCCUGCAAAAGAAGGCUCCUAA